GCUUUUGUCAUCGCUGUGACUUGGUCGCGGUUCUCCAGAACUCGAAGUUCGCAGUUAAAGAAAGUUCUUUUUGUUUUUCGGUGCUGCAGGCAUGGCCCAGAUAAACAGCUGCCUCAAGCGGACCUUCAUCGGGUUCAACUUGUUCUUCGCGCUUGUCGGAGCAAUCAUCCUCUGCCUCACUGUUUUUGCCCAAAUCGUCACCAACGGUGAAGAUGACGACAUUGAGAACCGGACCUACGGGCUCAUCUGCCUGUACAUCAUGGGAGCCGUCACCAUGCUGCUCGGCCUGCUGGGAGCCUACGGCGCGUACAAGGAGCACAAGAUCUCUCUGAUUGUGUUCCUGGUCUGCAUGGUCAUCGGGUCUUUGGUGAUGAUCCGAUCAGGAAUCCCUACCGCCGUUCUUCGUCCUCAGGUGGAGGGAUUCCUGGAGGAAAAGUUCAGUGAACUUCUGCCUCUCAACAUGGCGACGAUCUCACAGAAGCACUUUGUCAACAGCAUGCAGACUAAUUUGCACUGCUGUGGCCUGUUUAGCUACACAGACUGGAAUGAAGACAUCCCAUCCUCCUGCGAUUGCCCCUCUGACUUGGAUGAGGAAUCUGAUACAUGCAAGCAGGUCCCUGGCAUGAACCGCUACCCUUUUCUGAAGCAAAGCAGGUCCAUCUACAGUAAGCCAUGUUUCCCCAUCCUGAUGCAUUACGUCCUGUUGGUGGCCGACAUCUCACUGGGGGUCGUCUUCACUCUGGCUGCUCUGGCUGUUCUGGGCAUGAUUCUGUCCUCCAUCAUGAUCCACCAGCUGCGUCAUCCCAACAAAACCCCCGUCGUCUACAAAGUUCCCACCAUCUUCAUUCCAGGACCACCAAAGUACCAGGAGCUGCAAAACGAUCUCCCACCUCCCUACUAAAGGAGCGCUGCCACCUUUCUGUUAUGCUUCAGGAUGUUUUUCUUCUUCUUCUGCCGUUUCUCUGACUGCUUCCAAAGUGCCUUUCAUUCCUCCAACAAGGGAGAAACUCUCCAGAGAUUACUCUGCACCAGCUUUGCCAGUUUUAUUUUUAAACCAUAUUUUACAGUUUUUUUAUGUUUGGUUUUAAUCGUCUGAGAGAGUUUUAAGAAAAAUAAGAUAUUUACUUUCAUCUGUUUCUAAAUCAUCAUACAAAAAAAAUAUUUUAACAAGCUUGGUUUACUGUUGAAUAAUAAAAGUCGGGAAAAAGCCAUAAGACAUUUUCAUCUCAUAGAAGAGUUCUAACCCUAUUUAGGUUUUAUAUAUUAAACCUCUAGAUAUGCAGAUUUGUGUUUGUUUAACCAAAAGCAACUUCCUUGCACACUUAAUACUCCUAAAGGAGCUGAUAAAAAUUGAUUUUUAAUAACAAGGCUUAAAAAGUGACAAUGAAUGUUUACAAACAGAAGGCUAGUUUAUUUCUGCUUGCUAAUCUGUUACUGAUUUCAUUUGGAUUUAAAGGGAAAUAAAACUAUAAAAUAAA